GGUGACUUCUCAGCAAAUAUUGCGGUAAAAUGGUGUUUCAGAUGACAAAAUUGAACCUUAUCAUAUUCAUCAGUGUAAGCAUAGUCAGUUUUGAAGUAAUUGAAUCAGGUGAAAUGCCGUAUGUCAUAAGUUUUGAUAAAUCAGGUGAAAAACAGGUUAUAAAAUUAUGGGGGGUCGAAUUCACUUUGAAUAAUGAAUACAAAGUUAUAGUAACAGGUUCUAACUGUACAUGGACAGUUGACAUGAAGCAAGCGAACGAUGUUGAGGUAGCAAAAGGAGGAGGAACUCGUGACGGUUCUCUAGUGUGUAAAGACUGGAAUCGUUUUCAAACCAUCAUGCCAAUUCCUAAUCAAAUCAAAUAGAGUAUGUCUGUGCAAAUCAGUAUUAGAGCUGCAGAGCAAAUGACAAAACAAGAAAUAAUACAUUCGGUAUAACUGAAAAAUAGUUUUAAAUGCUCUGCUCUGAAGUUAGUAAAACCAAGUAUUUUUCUUCCUCUUUCUGUAGAUUAGAUCUUCUAGAAUAAAUGUGUAUUCAUAAA